CAGGAGAUACUAACACGGCUUGGAUGAUCUGUCUAUCCUUCGUUACCCGUCACGCAUUUGCAGCUGACGUCGAUACCCCCACAAGCGAUACAACAUCUCUUGGCUCACUGGAACGGGUUUACUCCCAGUCAGGCCCUCACCUCAAGUGCACGACUGCAGAGGGAGGAAGUAGAGGGAGGACAUUUCAUCCGGCCGCGAAGCCGUAAGGUCACAUCGCAGCAACUCGCCUUCCUCUCCGGCCGAUCCUAGCCGCCUUCGUCCUUCCAUAUCGGCCACCAUUCAAGGAUCAUCAGGCGAUUUCUUCCUUCCUCUUCAUCCCGCUGCAGCUUCUCCCACCCCGCCGGCUGCGAGCGCUCGACAUCCUUCAACAGAUUCGGCCGUUCUCUCAUCCGUGUCGACACACUCUGACGAACUAUUCCCCGUCGGAGCAUCAUCAGUCGCAUCACAAGACAAGACAGGACGCGGCAGGCGACAUCGGGGCUUCAAGGCUUAGCCUGUUAUUCUGUCAGAGGAGGAUAAGUGGUGAGGCACAUCCCCUCCACUGCCUUGCUCAUCCUCUUGUCUACUCUGUCACCACAGUGCUCUGAACGAUUGACGGUCGACAUGGAUCCGUUCUUCACCCCUCCAUCAAAGGGAUUCUCUAUCGUUCCUCCCUCGUCAUACAGCACGACAUCCUUUCGAUCCCCACCCUCACCUACAUCAACACUCUCCGCUUCUCCAUCUCGCACCCCCUUCUCUCGUUCCCCAUCACCAACGCAGCCAUCCCUCCCCCCCGAGCUGCUUGACCAGAUUCUGUCAUUCAUUAUCCACCGACCGUCUCUGGUACGACUCUGCCUCGCAUCUCGCACCCUCCGUACACUAGCACAACGUUACCUCUACCGCUCACUCUACUUCGGUCCUCCUCUCCGCACCGCCCAGAUAUGCCGGACCAUCCUUCGCACGCCCUCUCUCGGCUCCCAUGUACAAUGCAUCGAGUUCGCACUGUAUCACGACCUCCCGUCCAUGGCAUCUGACAACGCAUUCCGCACCGUCCUCUUUCCCCCUUAUCUGCGUCUCGUGUUCCGCGUGUUCCGCGUUCUGCAUCGACUCAAACAACUCCGCUUUUGUGGACAAGACGGCAACCUGCACAUCUUUGCCAACCUCGACCAGUGUCCAUUCGAGUUAGAAACACUCCUCCUCCUCACCGUCGGACCCUGCGACUCAAAUUUCCUCUACCACCAGCCGGCAGUGCGACAGCUCAAGAUUGCAGCGCUCAUGGCAGGAGACUUCGUCACGCAUACAAGCCCCGUUUUCUCCCGUACCGAAGUCUUCCCCGCUCUACGGGAGCUAACGACCUCCUGGGCUGUCGCGCUCCGUCUCGUACCUCGCAGACCAGUGGAAAAGCUCGCGGUAAUAGACUUCGUCACUAAUGCUUCUCUGCGCGCUGGUCUGCCGCUCAUCGCCCAGUCAUCAGCACCAAGCGAACUGCGGUACAUCGAGCUAACCGUGCUAGAAGCGUCUCUCGAGCUCCUUGGCCUGCUCGCCGAUUCCCUACGCGGCUUACACACCCUCGUUAUCCGCGAAAGACGGUCAGGCACAGUAGCACUCAGCAUCAGCGCAGCACACGACCCGUCACUACACUUUCCCUCCUUCCGAGCACUGCAUACACUCAAGCUGUUCAAGCUUCUCCUUCCUGAGAAGCUCAGUUUCCCGGAUCGAGGGUGGAAUGCGAUGGUCCAGCGACUAGGGCAGGCAACCCAGACGCUGAGGUUCAUCGCUCUGGGAGUCGUGAGUGCUGGAGAUGGACAAGAACCAUACGGAACGCUGUACUACGAGCGGCGUCGAUUCAAAGGAGCGGGGAGCGUCUUAGGCGGUGCAGGGCUGCUCUCGAGCACCACUCCGGGAACAGGGGCGAUAGGAGCGAAUGGGAAAGAGCGCGAAGUACCGGAUAUAUGGGACAUCAAAGUGAGACCGGAGUACGCAUGAUCCUUCGUGGAUUGAUCUGGGAGGCAGAAUGAGUACGUCCGAUGGUCUUCGACAGGGAAGAGGACGAGGAUCGACUGCUGAUCCUCGGUUUAGACUGGAUCCUCGGUUUAGACUGGAUCCUCGGUGGGGCUCGAGAUGAGAGAGAGUGACACGGUUCGCAUAUGGUUGGGGUACUAUUGGUUGAGAGUGCGCGUUGGUCGCACAACUGUUCUGGCACGAGUCGAACAUCGCAUCCCCGAUUGCUCAAUAUCAGUUCAAAGACAUUCCGCAACUCCGUCAUUCCCAUUUUCUUGCCGAGCAUGUUCAUUUCAUAACAAUAUGUGUGAU